AUGAUUUCCAGUGACAGAAUUUUUGGCAUCUUCUUUAUCUUUCAAACUUGUAUUGGUUUCAUGGGGAAUUCUUUGUUAUUUACAUUAUAUAUGUACACUUUCUUAAUUCUUCCUCAUAAGAAGAAGCCUGUAGAUGUGAUUCUAGCCCACUUAACUUUGGCUAAUGCCCUGACACUUAUAUUCAGAGGGGUUCCAAAUAUAAUGUCAUCCUUUGGAAUUAAGCUGGAGAUGAGUGAUACUGGAUGUAAAAUAGUGCUCUAUAUUCAGAGAGUUACCAGGAGUAUUUCUCUGUGCACAACCGCCCUUCAGAGUACAUUUCAGGCAGUGACUAUCACUCCAAGUAAUCAUAAAUGGGCCUGGCUCAAGAAGAAAAUCUCUACAUUCAUUCAACCUUCUUUACUUUUCUUCUGGACGAUCAACAUGGCCAUCUAUUCCGUGAUCAUUUUAAAAACCGUGGCCAGGAGGAAUACCACUGAAGGUGGAAUUGGGUAUUAUACUGCUUCUUGUAAAAGCAGUGCAUAUGAUCUACAGACGUCAUCAAUAUUUCUAAGUACUGUAUUCAUUCGAGAUUUGUUCUUCCUCUCCCUGAUGACAUGUAAUAGUAUCUACAUGGUGAAUAUCCUUUUCAGACACCACAGAAAAGCUCAGCACAUUCGCAGUACCAUCCAGUCUUCACAAAGCUCUCCUGAAAACAAAGCUACCCAUGUUAUUCUCAUAUUGGUGAGCUGCUUUGUUUUCUUUUACUGGACCAACACCUUUUUUACUGUUUAUUUAGUUUAUUUAGCUAAGAAAAACUAUCAACUGGAGAAAUUUAGUAACUUUUUUUCCUCAUGUUACCCGACCAUCUGUUCUUUCUUUCUGAUUAAAAAUGAAAAUAGAAUUUCUGGAAUACGUGUCAUGAAAACAAGAAUCAGGAUUUUUUCUUCCUAAAGAAAAAAUUGAUUAUAUGAAUACUCCUUAGCACUCUUCUGCACCAUAAGAGUCAUUUGUAUGGGUACAGAGUAACAUGCU